AUGGAGGAACCCGUUACUGAGCUUCGCGAGUUGCUCGGUGGGCUGUCGGUGGCCCAAUUUGCCCGCCUCCCACAAGAACAGCGCAGCACAAUAUACCGGCAUCAUCUAGUACGUAAUGACAUCAUUGUCAAUGAAGCAGAAGACUUUGACCAAUCUAACCUACGCAUCGCCUCUGGGACUAUUUUUCGGCAACAGCGCUUCAUGGACAAUGACGAGACGGGAAAGCAGCUUGUGAAGGAAGCUAAUGAGAUAUACUACGCCGAGAAUAUUUUCCUUGUCCGUUUACACUGGCUUUGCGAGUUUAUGUCUGAACGCUUCGGGGACGAAGAAACGAACGUCCCCAUCGCCCCGUUAGUAGGAGGCAUCAUUGUCGAGGUUGACCUCCACGACGAUAAACACGAACGUCUUAGCUAUGAGGUCGAUAGCUCCGAUAGUGAAGAUGAGGGCAAGGACGUUGCAGACCAAGGGGACGGUGGCCGCUUGGCAACAUGGACGGUUAAUCGUUUGCGUGAUCUCUUUCUUUUCACCAACGCAACUUCAAUAACGGUUCGGUUGCGCGGAGGUGGUAUGCGGGAUGACAGUGACCUAGCGACGCACCAGACAAUCAAAGACAUCGCACAAAUUGUCCGAGAACUUAUUGGCCAUUUUGGAAGUCGUUUUGACAUUGGGAAGAUGCUUGAUAGUGGUCACCAGCCUUAUCAAAGCCUGCGGGAAUACUGGACGCCGCCAACACAGUUGGCAAUGAGAAAUGUGAGAAACUUUAACGCCUCGCUCAAAGACAUUAUGCAGAUUGAGAUUGAAGAAUGGACAUGCAAGUAG